AUGUCGUUGAACAGAGAAGUGUUGCCAACGAAUGUCACCCCGCUGCACUACGAAUUGCAAUUCGAGCCCGAUUUCAAGAGGUUUACUUUUGACGGUGUCACUAGAGUUUCGUUGAGGAUCAAUGACGCAGCGGUGGACACUAUCACUUUGAAUGCGUUUGAAAUUGAGUUCGAAAGCGUGAAAUUCAACGGUGUCGCUGCGCUGUCGAUAGACGCGAACGAGAAGAGCCAGGUUGUCGAAUUCAAGUUCCCCAAAGGCACCGUUUUAUCCUGUGCGGCGAGCAAUGGUGGGAAAGGCGUUUUGGAGAUUGUGUUUAGGGGUAUUCUGAAUGACCAGAUGGCAGGGUUUUACAGGGCGAAGUAUACGGACUCUGUCACGGGGGAGACCAAAUACCUAGCAACAACGCAAAUGGAGGCCACGGACGCUAGAAAGGCGUUCCCCUGCUUCGAUGAGCCCAAUCUGAAGGCCACUUUCGAGAUCACUUUGAUCUCAACGCCCGAAUUGACGAACCUUUCCAACAUGGACGUUCAUGAUGAAAGAGUCGAGAACGGGAAGAGGAUCACCAACUUUAACGUUUCUCCUAAAAUGUCCACUUACUUGGUCGCCUUUAUCGUCGCGGAACUGAAGUACGUAGAGAAUACAGAAUUUAGAGUCCCCGUCAGGGUUUACUCCACACCUGGCCAAGAACACCUGGGCCAGUUUUCGGCCAAACUGGGUGCUAGCACUUUGAAAUUCUUCGAAGACACUUUCCAAAUUCAGUACCCUCUGCCCAAGAUGGACAUGGUGGCGGUGCCCGAAUUCUCCUCCGGGGCCAUGGAGAACUGGGGGUUGGUCACAUACCGUGUGGCUGACAUUCUUUUGGAUGCGGAGAGCUCCUCACUCGGGCGCAUUCAAAGAGUCACUGAGGUCGUUCAGCAUGAGCUUGCACACCAGUGGUUUGGGAACCUUGUGACUAUGGACUGGUGGGAAAGUCUAUGGUUGAACGAGGGGUUUGCCACCUGGAUGUCUUGGUACUCUUGCAACAAUUUCCACCCGGAUUGGAAAGUAUGGGAACAGUACGUCACCGAUAACCUACAAAGAGCCAUGUCGCUCGACUCCCUAAGGUCAUCUCACCCAAUUGUGGUUCCAGUGAAGAAUGCGGAUGAAAUUAACCAGAUCUUUGACGCGAUUUCGUACUCCAAGGGUUCAUCGUUGCUGAGAAUGAUAUUCAAAUGGUUAGGUGAAGACGUUUUCAUAAAGGGUGUUUCUAAUUAUUUAUCAGAGUUCAAAUACGCGAAUGCAAAGGCGGAAGCUCUUUGGGACCAUUUGUCAGCAGUUUCUGGGAAAGAUGUCAAGAGUGUAAUGAACGUCUGGACCGAACAGGUUGGGUUCCCAGUCGUCACAGUAGAGGAGAACAACAAUACCCUAACAGUCACUCAGAACCGUUUCCUAAGCACGGGUGACAUCAAACCAGAGGAUGAUAAAGUCCUGUACCCAGUGUUCUUGUCCAUGAAAACAGGUGAUGGCGUUAAAGAUGUAACAUUAGCGGAAAGAUCGCAAAAGAUUGAUAUUUCCAACGUAAAGGACAACUUCUUCAAAAUGAAUGCUGACCAAGCCGGUUUUUUCAUAACGUCAUAUUCGAACGAAAGAUGGGAUACGUUGGGCAAACAGCACCAUCUACUCUCUGUCGAGGAUAGGGUAGGUCUUGUUGCGGACGUCAAAACGUUGUCUUCUUCAGGCUACACCUCCUCAAUCAGCUUCCUGAACUUGGUCGAGAACUGGAAAGAUUUGGAAGAUUCAUUUGUCGUUUGGCAACAGAUUGCCAACAGUUUUUCCGCUUUACAGACUGCAUGGAUCUUUGAAAACGAUAGCAUUAAGAAUGGCUUGAACAAAUUUUUGAAUGGGUUAGUAUCUGAUAAAAUUAAUGCCUUGGGGUGGGAUUUCGACAAGAGUGAUGAUUACGCUUUGCAACAACUAAAGGUAACAUUAUUCUCGACAGCAUGCUCCAGUAAGGAUCCCAAAGCUGUUUCUUCAGCCAUCCGGAUGUUCGAGGAGUAUGCUUCUAAGAACAUCGCGAUACCUGUCCUGAUCAAACCUGCAGUGUUCAGUACCAUCGCAACCUCCGCAGGAACUGUCGAAAACUAUGACCGACUGUUUAGUAUCUACCAAAAUCCAGCCAAUAUGGACGAGAAACUUGCCGCUUUGAAAUCACUUGGCCAAUUCAACGAUCCUCAACUAAUUCAGAGAACAUUGUCUUAUUUGUUGGACGGGACAGUCUUGAAUCAGGACAUUUGCACUCCAAUGGUAGGGCUGAGGUCUCAUAAAGAAGGUAUCGAAGCACUAUGGAAAUGGGCAAAGGAGAACUGGACUGGUCUGGUCAAACGACUGCUUGCGGGCUCUCCAGUUUUGGGACACGUCGUCACCGUAUGCACUUCUGGUUUCACAUCUGAAGAAUCCAUUGCCGGGAUCAAAGAUUUCUUCUCUCAAGUGGACACGAACGGAUACAACAAUAACAUUGCUCAAGCGAUUGACACGAUUACAGCGAAAUACCGCUGGGUCACAAGAGACAGUAUUGCAGUAAAAGAAUACCUAUCCGAGCACAGACUUCUUUGA